AGUGGAUAAACAGCAUCUCGUUUUGCAUUCGAACCGCAACCACAUAAAAACUCGUUUUACGAACAACAUUUGCACCGUCAUCUAUUCACACACACACACACACACACACAUUCGUAUAUAUAUAUUAACUGUAUCUCUCGUGUCGCUCAGCCUCUAGACCUCUACGAUUCGUCCAUCGCUGACCCGUGUUUUUUUUCUCUCUUUAACCUUAUUCUUCGAAUUGCGGAUGCGUUGGCUGUGUGUCUUCCACACGAUUGAUUGAACACCUCCCUUGAUCUUUUGCUUUGUAUGAUACUUGCUCGAUUUUUUUUUGUAAAGAAAGCCAAAAAUACUUUUUUUUUGAGUUUUGUGUUUAGAUUUUGCUCCUGUUUUCUUUCUGUCUUGCUUCCGUUUUCUUUUGUCUCACUCUUGACUGUGUACAGCAAAAAAAAUACGGGGGGCGGGUCAUAAAGGAAACUCCUUGCCUCAAACAUCCUUUUUUUUUCUCCUUUCGCGAAACGUGGCUCACCGUGAAUCAACUUUCCCUGUAGAGUUGAGAGAGUUCACUUGUUAUUGGGUUUUCGCGUUUCCCCGCCUCACGCACGGGUGUGAUCUUAUCCCCUGUGCCUGCUUUUUGCCUUUUCCUCUGCGUCCAAAGUCUCCUAGGUGAGAAACAUCCGGUAGCUGUGGCUUCUCUUCCUGUUUUUUUUUGUUUUAAUAACACUCACCGGUUUUUCUUUUUCUGGAGAAGCUCCCUUUUCAUCAUUAAAAAAAUUAUUUGCUCUAAUUUACUUGUGUCUUUGUUGCCUACCUAUUUGUGGCUGAAGCUGUUGUACCAGCACUCAUCCACUGUUUCCUUCCAGCGUUUCUUGUCCGUAAAAUUAAGAAAAUAACUCAAGUUAGGUUUUACAUUAAUUACAUCCUUUUUGUUUUUUUCUUUGAAUCCGAAUAUCACAUCAUGCCGUCUCGCGCGUUGAGCUCGCCCUCGCGACCCGACAAGGAGCCACGCAGCGUCAGCGCUCGUCAAGGGCAGGAGACGAACCACGAGGAUGUGUUCGCCUCAACACGCCCUGCUAUGUUUACUUGGCCUCCGCAGAACAGGCACCACGCGGAGUUCGUGACGGAACUCGCCGUAAAAAACGGUGUUGAGAGCCCGACUGCUCUCGCCCCCCAAUCGGGGUGCAGUAACGAGAGCGGAAGCCAGUUGCUAAGCAGUUCGGCGUCCCGCGGCACAUCGCCUUCCUGCACGCCUGUUGCCACCUCGCUGCCGACUGUGCAGAAGGUCCCAAAAAGCAACGACGUGCCUGCACCGCGGAAGAAAGCGACGCGCGCAGAAGUCGCACUGUCGCGCGCUGGGGGUGGCCUGAUCCACAAGAAGGCCCCGGCUCACUCUGCCGUCGCCGCGCAGCCCAAGAAGGCCGGCACGUCGCCAGGGAACACAUCGUUGGAGCGGAGAUCAUCGCCCUCCCUUCAAGAGUCGUCGUUGGCGGCGGUCAACAAAAUGAAGCCGCUGCUUAAGACCGCCUCAGCGGCUGAUGUGACGGCGAAGGAAGCAAAGUUGCGCACCCCUUCUCCCAAGCCGCUGCCCCCGCAGAAGGAGCAUCACACCGACCCAAUGACCUCGUCCGCUGCCGCCGCUGCCACGGCUGUUGCCACUGCCACGCACACACCUGCCGCAGCAAGUCUCACUCUCUCACCACCCCUACGGGAGCCGCUGAUGGAGGACAAGGUCAGGAUCAACGCACGCUCCCCGGCACCGCAGAGCGGGUCGGCGCAGGCGAUCACCAAAACCUGGUCACCGCCGAUGAACACGCACGAGAGCCCGGACCACUUACCCACAGAUGCCCCGAAUGUCGUUUUACCGGCGCGCAAGUACAUCUACGACGUGAAGACGUGCACGUGGAGGGAGGUCGACACGAUCAUCCGCGUGCUGCACCCGAACCGUGGUGUGAGCCAGGGGGCGAUGCGUGUGUGCUUUGUGGUGGACGACCUAGACGAGGAGGGCGCCGGCACGCCGAUGGUGGCGAAGAUGUUCCGCCACAACUUGGAGGGCAUCGUCGAGGAGGACUACUUCAACGAGGGCGAGGCGCAGUGUAUGUGCGGCGUCUUCGCUGACAAGUUCAACAAGGCCGAACUCGCAAAAGGCGUGGACCGCUUUGUGAUCUCGUUCCUUCAGUGCGACACGGUGCGCAUCCGCCCGCGUGACCUGCCCGAGGAGUACCAGAAGAAGCGCACCGGCUUCUUCUCGUACCGCACGACGGACACACGCGACAUCAUCUUCACGAUGGAGCCGCGGCUGAAGGGCAAUUUCACCAAGUACACGAACAACUUUGGUGAGGUGUACGAGGGCUUUGAGCAGCGGCUGGACAAUGAGAUGGAGCAGAAGCGGCACAAGGUACUCAUGGCAGCCGAGGCCUUCUCGCAUUUCACGCUGCAAGACAGCGGCGGCUCGAUGCUCGUGUGCGACCUGCAGGGCGUGAAUGACUUCCUGACGGAUCCGCAGAUUCACACGGAGGACGGUAAAGGUCUGGGCAUGGGUAACAUGGGCCAGGAGGGCAUUGACAAGUGGGUGGAGAAGCACGUGUGCAACGAUAUGUGUCGUGCACUGCGCCUGACACCCCUGAAAGAUCUCAUGCACCAUCUGCCUAAGGAACCCAACGUCGAGAGGCGAGCGAGUUACUACAAGAUUCUUCGGUCUAACUUACGGAAUCAGGUCCCCACUCUCCCGGAAGACUUAGUCCCGUUGCCGAAGCCGCUGUCGGAGAUGACGGACGGGGAACGUCUGGACUACGCCAUUCGCCUCUCCCAACUCCUUUCGUAG